CAAAUGGAUCCUCUCUUUCACUUAACUUGCUAUAUUAUUUGCAAUUAUUAAUUUGCUGUUUCGUUGUGUUGUAAUUUUUUUAGUAAUAAAUGUUACGUAUCAGUUAGCGAGUUAGAUACUUAAAUUAACUGGACAAAUUAACUAUUCAUAUUCAUGAUUACGAGUACGACGAAGAGAACUAUAUGUUAAUCCUUUAAUUAAUGAGACUUGAAAUUAAAGCUUGGCUGGUCCAAUUUUAAAAAUUACUAUAUAUUAUUUUCAUAAUUCAAAAUGUCAUUUCUCCGUGGGUCAGAGAAUUAUGUGUGGUGUACGACUAGUGUUCUGGGUAAAGGGGCAACGGGCGCGGUAUUUCAAGGAGUCAACAAAAAUAAUGGGGAGCCCGUGGCUGUAAAAACGUUCAACCAACUGAGCCACAUGAGACCGCACGAUGUGCAAAUGCGUGAAUUUGAAGUGUUGAAGAAGGUGAAGCACGAGAACAUCGUAAAGCUGCUGGCUAUCGAGGAGGAGCAGGAGGGGCGCGGUAAGGUCAUCGUGAUGGAACUCUGCACUGGCGGCAGUCUCUUUAACAUCCUGGACGAUCCCGAAAAUACAUAUGGCCUGCAAGAAAAUGAAUUUUUAUUGGUGUUGGAACAUUUAACCGCUGGUAUGAAGCAUUUGCGUGACAAUAAUCUUGUACAUAGAGACCUAAAACCCGGCAAUAUCAUGAAAUUUAUUAAUGAAGACGGCACAACAACAUAUAAACUGACAGACUUCGGUGCUGCCAGGGAACUGCAAGAAGAAGAGCAAUUUAUUUCCUUGUAUGGGACUGAAGAGUAUUUGCACCCAGAUAUGUAUGAGAGGGCAGUGUUAAGGAAACCAGUAGGAAAGAGUUUUGGAGCGACUGUAGAUCUGUGGUCGAUAGGAGUCACAUUGUACCAUGUGGCUACUGGACAACUACCAUUCAGACCCUACGGGGGAAGAAGAAAUAAAGAGACAAUGUUCUUUAUAACUACAAAGAAAGCUUCAGGUGUUAUUUCUGGUACACAAACAACAGAUAAUGGUCCAAUAGACUGGUCUCGUGAACUGCCCUCACACUGCCAGUUGAGCGUGGGCCUCAGGAAACUGGUGACUCCGCUCCUUGCCGGCUUGCUUGAAGUAGAUCCUCACAGGAUAUGGAAUUUUGAAAGGUUUUUCUCAGAAGUGCAAACUGUUACCAGUACAAAGCCAAUUCAUAUAUUCCAUGUAAAUAAGGCUGCCAGCAUUAAGGUGUUCCUGAAGCCGGAGGAGAAAUACGAGCAUCUGCAGACGUACGUGUGCGAGCAGACGAGCGUCGUGCCCGAGGCCCAGAUCCUGCUGUACCAGGAGCGGCUGCUGCUGGCCGAGGUCGCCGCCGCCACGCCCGGGAAGAAGUACCCGGACACGACGGCGGAGGAGCCGCUGCUGCUGUUCAACAAGAACAACAACAACGUGAGCAUGGCGCCCGAACCCGACGUGCCCAAGUUCCCCGUCUUCCCCAACAUCGUCUCCGUCGAGAACGACGCCAGCCAGGCCAAGACGGCGUGCAGCGUGGGGCACGUGGUGCGACGCCGCGUGGAGGCGCUGUGUGCCAGUGCCGUGCUGUGCGCGCGCUGCGUGUCGCGCUGGGGCGCGCUGCUGGACUCGCGACUGCAGCGCGUGGACGCGCGCGCCUCGGCGCUGGCCGCGCGCGCGCACUGCCUCGCGCAGGCGGCGCGCGCGCUCGCCCUCGCCGCGCCCGCGACCUGCUCGCCCGUCGCCGCCACCGGCGCGCUGCUCGCCGCGGAGUGCGACGCGCUGCACGCCUCCGCCGCGGCGCUGCGCACGCGACACUCGCCCGACGCGCUGCGGGCCGAGUGGGACGCGGCCGCGGCGCACGAGCCCUGCCCCUCGGAACUCCGCCUGCACCUCAAGGCUAAAACUCUAGUCGAAAGACUGCGCGACUCCUGGCAGCACCUGGUGCGGGACCGCGCCACGCGCUCGCUCACCUACAACGACGAGCAGUUCCACGUGCUGGAGCGCAUCACGGUGGCGGAGACGGGGCGCCGCGUGCGCGCCCUGCUGCAGCGCGCCGCCCCGCUCGCCAGCGCGCGCGCCGACGCCAUCGCCGACUGGUACAAGGUGGCGCAGACGGUGUUCCUGCAGACGCAGAUCCUGGACAAGGACGUGUCGGGCGCCGAGCUGCGGCUGGCGGCGCUGAGCGCGCGGCUGCAGGACGCGGAGCGCGAGGCGCAGGCCGCACUCGGGGGCGCGCACCUCGCGAGUUCCAAAAACGAAACGACGGACAAGGAGAAAGAGAAAGAGAAGAAAAAUGUAAAAGAGGAAUGCCAGAAGCGGCAAGAGAAGCGCGAGGGCGUGUCUGCGGGCGGCGCGGGCGUGCGCGCGCUGCUGCACGCGCAGGACGACAUCGCCGCCGGCCUCGCCUCCAACCGGGCGCUGCUCGCGCGCCUCGUGCACGCCGCGCACGCGCUGCGCCCCUAG